AUGAUUCCACACUCGGCAAAGCGAGCUGCUUCCAGUGCAUACUCGAAUGCUUGUCGCUUUACUUCAUCAAGGAUAUUUAAUCCAGUCAACUUUUCAUGCUUUUCUGAAUCAGCAAAUACAUUCAGCUACGAAAGGGUGUUUUUUGGUACAACAGGCAAUACAUUUGCAAGUGCUGCAUCUCCAGCGGCAAUGCAUUCCGGCGCAACCCGAACAACUUGCAUUAAAACAGAUAUUUCACAGGUUCCAGAAAUCUUGGCAGACGCAAUAAGAAAAUUGAGCAUCAACUACCAUCUUGCUUCAUAUAUCAUGCUUGUCGAUGACAAUUAA